AUGGCCGCAAGACCUCCCCCGCCGCCUCCUCCGCGCGAGGAUACCAUUCCACCUCCGCCGCCGAGUUUAGAUGCUCCCCCGCCGCCCCCUCCCCCACCAGAAGAUGAGGAGUUGGGACCUUCGCUAGGACAGCCAAAGAAGCAAAAGAAGGGGUGGGCGUCGCAGAAGAAACAACCGCCAAGUAUCGACGACAUAUUGAAAGCGAAGCGCGAGCAAGAAGCUGCAGCUGCUAAGCCAAAGUUUCUCUCCAAAGCGGAGCGAGAAAGGAUCGCGCUCGAGAAGCGCCAGAAGGAAGUGGAUGAAAUUCAAAGGAGGAGACAAGCUUCUAAUAGCACCACGAAUAGAGUGUCGCAAAACGGCCAUGCAUUUUCAAACGGAGCCUCGCAAAGCGGGCAAGCACGCUCAAACGGAAGCCAAUACGAUGCACCUUCGAUUCCUACCGGGCCCCGGUCUAUGCGCCCCGAACCCCCCACGGGACCAUCACAUACACGACAAGAACGACGGAAUCAUGACAUGGCACCGCCGCCGGUUCCUGACAAGAAGUCGGGCAAGCGGCCGCAGGCGGACGAUACAGAAGCUGCUUUGAUUAGACAAAGAUACAUGGGCGCCGGGCAAAGUCAAUCCACAUUUUCAGCAAAGAAGAAGCGGAAGCGGACUACAGAGAAAAAGUUCAACUUCGAAUGGAACGAAGAGGAGGAUACAAGCUUCGAUUACAACCCCAUCUAUCAGCAAAGGGCGGAGGCAAACUUCUUCGGACGCGGCAGACUUGGUGGUUUUACAGAGGAAAUCACCGACGCCGGCAAUCAGAAAUUCAUCGAGGCUAUGAUUGAACGGGAUCCUGAGUCAGGACGAGCACGGGCAGAACAAAUCCUGGAAAUGGAGAGGAGACGGAAAGAGGAGGGCGGUCGGGCACAGCUGGACAAGCACUGGAGUGAGAAGAAAUUGGAGCACAUGCGCGAGCGCGACUGGCGCAUUUUCAAAGAAGACUUCAAUAUCGCAACCAAGGGAGGUGCGAUACCGAACCCUAUGCGCAAUUGGCAGGAGGCAGGACUUCCAGACAAGUUAAUGCGCAUCGUUGAUCAGGCUGGCUACACGGAGCCCUCAGCAAUUCAGCGCGCUGCCAUUCCUAUCGCCCUCCAGUGUCGCGACCUUAUCGGUGUCGCUGUUACGGGUUCAGGUAAGACGGCUGCCUUCAUCCUGCCACUGCUCGUUUACAUCUCGCAACUCCCUCCACUCAGCGCCUCGAAUCGCCACGAUGGUCCUUAUGCUCUCGUUCUCGCACCGACUCGCGAGUUGGCACAACAGAUUGAGGUAGAAGCGAGGAAGUUUGCUGCCCCUCUUGGCUUCAAUUCAGCUGUCAUAGUCGGUGGUCACUCGAUUGAAGAGCAGUCGUUCCAGAUGCGUGAUGGAGCAGAGAUAAUCAUCGCAACGCCCGGUCGUCUAGUCGACUGCAUCGAGCGUCGUGUUCUAGUUCUCAGCCAAUGUACUUAUGUUAUCAUGGACGAAGCCGAUCGCAUGAUCGACAUGGGUUUCGAAGAACCCGUCAACAAGAUUCUCGACGCACUUCCCGUUAACAACGAGAAGCCCGACAACGAACUUGCUGAAGAUCCCAACGCCAUGAAGCGAGGAAUGUACAGACAGACCAUGAUGUACACAGCUACGAUGCCCACAGCCCUCGAACGAAUCGCACGGAAGUACUUACGUAGGCCCGCUAUUGUCACGAUUGGUAACGCUGGUGAAGCCGUCGAAACCGUCGAGCAGCGCGUCGAGCACAUCCAAGGAGAAGAAAGGCGCAAGAAGCGCCUCCAGGAAAUUCUGAACUCUGGAGACUUUGCGCCGCCGAUCAUCGUGUUUGUCAAUAUCAAGCGCAACUGCGAUGCCAUUGCGCGAGAUAUCAAACACAUGGGCUUCUCCUCUGUCACUCUGCACGGUUCGAAGACCCAGGAACAGCGAGAGGCGGCUCUUGCCUCGCUCAAAGAAGGUCGUACAGAUGUCCUCGUUGCUACCGAUUUGGCUGGUCGUGGUAUCGAUAUUACGGACGUUUCGUUGGUCGUCAAUUUCAAUAUGGCGACAAGUAUCGAAAGUUACACUCACAGAAUUGGUCGUACAGGUCGUGCGGGCAAGAGCGGUAUUGCAAUUACGUUCUGGGGCAACGAGGAUGCGGACGUGUUGUACGACCUCAAGCAGAUGCUCACGAAGAGCCAGAUCAGCAAGGUGCCGGAGGAUCUGAGGAAACACGAAGCUGCUCAACAGAAGGGUAAAAAGCGGGGAGAAGUAAUGGGGAAGAAUAUCACAUAA